ACCGUGAGUCAGUUGAUCACCUCGCGCAUAAUCAGCUGUUGAAUGUGACCGGCAAGCCGGCGAUAAACAUUGGACACGUUUUGUACAUAUUUUCAAUCGUAGAAUGGAAGUGACCGGUGAAAAUUGCGAUCUCAAGAAAGAGGAAAAGCCUCAAAAUGAUAGUGCAGCUGAAAAAGAAUCGACGAAUACGGAGACGAAGAAAGAAUCGAAAAAACCAACCUGUGUUAUUGUCUUAGGAAUGGCGGGUUCAGGAAAAACAACAUUUGUACAAAAAAUCGUAUCCACACUGUACGAAAGCGGGAGACCUUACGUUAUUAAUUUAGAUCCUGCUUGCAAAGAGGUUCCUUAUCCGGCCAAUAUAGAUAUUAGGGAUACAGUCAACUACAAACAAGUUAUGAAGCAAUAUCGUCUGGGACCAAAUGGUGGGAUUGUUACUACUCUGAAUUUAUUCUCCACAAAAUUUGACAAAGUGGUAGAAUUGCUGGAAAAAGCGUCUGACGAUCACGAGUACGUGAUUCUUGACACCCCUGGACAGAUUGAAAUAUUCACUUGGUCAGCCAGCGGCACAAUAAUAACUGAAGCUUUGGCUUCUCAGUUUCCCACCAUUGUCGUAUACGUUUUGGAUACUGUUAGGAGCGUUAAUCCAGUUACUUUUAUGUCAAACAUGCUCUACGCCUGCUCCAUACUGUACAAAACUAAACUUCCUUUCAUCGUUGUUAUGAACAAAACCGACAUUAUUGACAAUGGUUACGCCGUUGAAUGGAUGCAAGAUUUUGAAGCAUUCCAGGAAGCUCUCGAUUCAGAGACGACGUACAUCAGUAAUCUCACUCGAAGCAUGGCUCUGACUCUCGACGAGUUCUACUCGCACCUCCGCAGUUGCGGAGUUUCUUCGCUCACUGGCCAGGGAAUAGACAAAUUUUUUGAACUCGUCAAAGAGGCGGUCGUCGAGUAUAAAGAAGUUUACAUCAAAGAUUGGGAAAAGCUACGAGACGAGAAAUGUGCAGAACGCGAGAAACGCAGACUCGAUAAUGCGGCAGCAGUAGCAGCUGGGAAAUCGACCUCCGCCGUAAGCAGUGUGAGUGCCGGCCGUGAAAUCGCGGACAUUUACCUCAAACCAUCCGGCGACGAGUCGAGCGAAGACGAUGACGGGGAAGAGGAAAAACCUCCGGGAGAUGAGGAAGAAGAGGAGAAAGAGGCCGAUUCGUUCAAAAAUUUCUUAUCCAGGCACAAGGACGAAAGUGAUAAAAAAGCGGCGAGACAACAAUCUCAAGCAAGCAGCGGAUCCAGCAAAGACACAUGAUUCGUUUGUACAAGUUUCUUUGUUGUAAAUAUUAAUUUAUGGUUUUUUAAUAUAAAAAUGAGCAAAAAUA